GNCUUUGGCAGUGUUGAAAUGGGCUUGAUCAUUGCGGUUGCACUUUCUGUGUUGAGGGUGCUUCUCAUGAUCGCAAGGCCAAGAACUUUAGUAUUAGGUAACAUUCCCAACUCCACAAUUUACAGAAGCAUUGAUCAAUACCCAACAGCUGAGCAUGUGCCUGGAAUUCUCAUCCUUCAAUUGGAAGCACCAAUCUAUUUUGCUAACUCAAACUACCUGAGAGAAAGGCUUUCAAGGUGGAUUACUGACGAAGAAGAGAGGAUAAAAUCAUCAGGAGAAACCAGCUUGCAGUACAUAAUUCUGGACCUUUCCGGCGUGAGUAGCAUUGAUUCAAGUGGGAUCAGCAUGCUUAAAGAGAUUAAGAAGAGUAUUGAAAGAAAGGGGUUCAAACUUGUUCUUGCAAAUCCGAAAAGUGAGGUGAUAAAAAAGCUAAACAAGUCGAACUUUAUCGAGGCGAUCGGGCACGAAUGGAUCUAUCUUACAGUGGGAGAGGCUGUAACGGCCUGCAACUUCGUACUCCAAACAUGGAAGCCAAGUCCUGUUGCUGCUGCUGAAUUAGAUUCAGCUGUGAACAAUGUGUAGUCUGGAAAAUUACUCCAAGCUAAAGGAGAUCUAUUUGGCUGAUGGGGUCCUCUCACUAAGUCCACACAAGGUGGUAAUAUAUCCACCAAUCAGAACGCCACAUCAGUUAUGUUCUUAUCCACACCCAUGGAAAUUACUGUAUCCACUUUCUUUUUUUUAAUGUAAUACGCGAAAAUGAAAUUGGGUGAAAAUCAUUUAAGAGAGAUCAUUUUCACGCUUUCACAUCUUGUUUAUAUUUUCACUAUCGUCUCCAUCAAAUUUCCCUCAUCACAUGAUUAUCUA